AUGAGGAAAAUAAAGACGGUGAUGAUGGAACCAUCUCAGCAAUACUAUGCUUCUCUAGUCUUUUCUCAUAGGCUAGAAGAAGCACACCACAAGAAAGGGGGGAAUACCUUUGGACACUCACAGCAAUAUUAUUCAAAUAAACCUCGGCAGUUUUCUUCUUCUUCGGACAACAAGAAACAUCCCAACAAAGGUUUUGAACGGCCCAGUGGUAAGGAUACUUCUGUUGUUUGUCAGAUUUAUGGAUAUGUUGGACACACUGCCACCACUUGCAGGAAAUAUCUGGAGCUUCUAGGGGUGAAGAAAUUUUCCAACAAGAACGCCAAUGUAGCAUCUUGCACUACCUCUUCUGCAGGGUCUUCUCGUGACUCAGUUUGGUAUCCGGAUUCUGGCACCACAAAUCACCUUACUACAGACCUCAAUAAUUUGUCCAUACAUAAUCCAUGCAAUGGUUCUAAGGAAAUCACUGUUGGUAAUGGUAUGCAUUUACCCAUCUCUUACAUUGGUUCUUCCACUAUUCACACCUCUGGAUUCUUUGAUUUACAUAAUAUCUUGCAUGUACCUCGGAUCACUAAAACUCUAUUGUUAGUGAGCCAAUUCUGCAAGGAUAAUGAUGUAGUAUUUAUAUUUGAUGCUUCAGAUUUUCUUGUAAAGGAUCAGAUGACGGGGAAGACUCUCUUCAAAGGACCAAUUAAAUAUGGCUUAUACAAGGUGCAAUCCAUUUCUUCUAGCAGUCCUGCAGCUUUGGUUGGAGAAUGCACCUCCAAGGAUGUUUGGCAUUUGCUUUAG